GCCCAGUCGCCUCCCUUUUCACUGGUCCAUAUAAAACCUCUUGCUCGGGGGGGCUCCUUUCCACUGAAUCUCCUCGCUCGCUUCCCCAAAAGCCAAACAUCAACCAGGACCCAGUUGCCCUGAGCGGAGCCGACCAUGGACAACCUUUCGUACCACCAUUCGUACAAUUACCCCUCCGACUGCACCCCGCUCACCAACUGCAAGUCUGCCCGGAAACCAGCCGGCUCCACCGCGGUCAACAUGGGCAACGUGGACGAGAACCCGCCUCGGGACUACAUCUUUUGGUCUCUGUGCAACACCAUGUAUGUGAACUUCUGCUGCCUGGGAUUCAUGGCGCUCCUGUAUUCCAUCAAGGCCCGUGAUCAGAAGACGCAGGGUAACUUGCAACUGGCCCAGGAGUGCUCGGAUAAAGCCAAGUGGUACAACAUCCUGGCAGCCGGCUGGAACCUUCUCAUUCCUCUCCUGGCCGUGGCCCUGCUGGUGCUCCUGCUGGUCCACCUGGGCUCCUCUCAGGGCUCCUCUCAGGGCUCCUUCGACUUCCUCGGAGAGGACGGCCUGCAGAAUUUCCUGAAACUCUUCAGCUGGUAGACGGACCGGACAAAACGACCAAGGCAAAAUGUUUUUAGCGAUUUUGAUUUGAAGGGAAAGUGACGCUGCGGUGUGAUCGGAAGGCAGUCUAGCGUGCUGCCGGUCUAGUUUUGUGCUGAGCUCAGCAGCUUUUUCAUGAUUCUAUUUGGCUAGCGAUGCAGCAGUACUACAAUUUACAGCGAACCUCCCCGAUUGGUGGGGAAUUGGGACAAAGUCCUGCCACAAAUUACGAAAAUCUACGGGUAAUUGUCCACACAAAAAAAUAUAUGUAAACAAUGCCUCAAGAUGGCGACAAAGUACAUUUUUCUUUUAAACCAAAAGAAGCUCACCCCUCAAAGAAACAUGAAUAGCAACAUUGAAAAAAAAAAUUCCCGACAAAUUUGGAUCCGUGACCGAAACCCAAAGUUUGUGCUAUUGUCGCAUUCCUUGGUGUCGUAAAUUUGGAAGCUGCCGUUCUUGAAACAUGUUAUAUAUAUUUAUUGUAUUUAUGCAGCCCCGUCCGUCGUUUAUGAAUUUCCUUACCACAACUGAACCCAAUUAUUGCUUUUGAAAAAUCUUUAGUCGUGACAACAAAUUGCCGUUGAUGGAAGCCAAAGAUUUGUUAUUGUGAUAAAUUAAGGACGGGGCAACAAUCUCUUUCAGCCUUAAAGAUAUAUUACAGUUUUGCUAGCAUGAGUUUGUAUCUUAAAGAGACAAAACCGAUUUAAGUAAGGAAUCAUUUUAGGUCGAAAAAGGAAAUCCAGAAGUCGCAACCAUGCUCAAAUUAUUGUCAUGUAUUCAUUGAGAUAGCAUCUCCGGGUAUCACCAACAAAUGAAGUCUGACACAUGCAAAAGAUUUCUCAAAAAUUUAAUUUAAUAGCUGAUUUAAUUCAAUUAGCUGUCUUCAAAAGAAAAAGUAAAUACAUUCAACUUGGAUUGUUUUUAAAAAUUUUGAUCGGUUGAGUGAGAAUUGGCUUCGAAUUUUUGAGGAUACCCUGGAUGCAUUAUAUUAUCUGUUUAUUUGGUCCUUUUUCUUGUUAACUCUUAAUAAAUCCACAAAAUUCAGUGCAAUGCUGAACAAAAUUUUU